CCGACCCCCGGCCCCGCCGCUCCCGCCGCCGCCACAACUCUGUCCCCCCGCGGCCGCCGUACCCCCCCACCCCUCCGCAGGCCCAAGAUGGCGGCGCCCGGCGGGGCGGCCGCGGCCCCGAUCCCGAACCAGAUCCCGAUCCCGGCCCCGCCGCCGUUCCCGGCCUGGCUCGCGGCGCGGCUGGACGCGCUGGGGCUGGACCGCGCCGUGUACGGCGCCUACAUCGAGGGGCUGCUGCGGGAGGAGGAGAGCGACGAGGAGCGGCUGGAGGCGCUGCGGGCCGUGCUCGCCGCCUGCCUGGAAGAAGAUCUCUUGAACGAUGUGUGCAGGGAGGUCGUGGAGAAGUGGUCUGACUCUCAGGUUGUUGAUGCCAAAGAGGAAAAAGAAGAUGAGGUCCAGGCCAUUGCCAGCAUGAUGGAGAAGCAGGCCAGGAUCGUGGUGAAGCCCAAGGAGGUCUCCUCCCAGGAGGAGAAGCAGAGGAAGGCUGCUCUCCUGGCCCAGUACGCCAACGUGACCGACGAGGAGGACGGUGGGGACGAACAGGACGGACCGACUGGGACAGCAGUAAACAUUGGAUCUGAAAAAUCGCUGUUCCGGAACACCAACGUGGAGGAUGUGCUGAACGCCAGGAAGCUGGAGCGGGAGCUGCUGCGGGAUGAGUUCCAGAGGAAAAAAGAGCAGGAUAAACUGCAGAGGGAGAAGGACAAGCUGGCCAAGCAGGAGCGGAAGGAGAAGGAGAAGAAGCGGACACAGAAGGGCGAGCGGAAGCGGUAGCUGGUGAUUCCCAGCUGGACUCUCAAGGGAUAAAAAUAAUUCUGAAUACGGUGUGUGUUUAAAAAGCAGCAGGAAUUGUGGGCACGUGGCUGGGAGUGGUUCUUGGGAAGUGUUUCCUUUUUUUUUGGCUUUUUUUGGGGUUGUUACAUAGCAGAAAAGAAACUGAGCAGCUCCUGGAGCCGUGUGCCCUGUGCUAGUGGUGUCAGUGUCCCCGUUGGUGCUCGUGGCCAGUGUCUGUACCAAAGAAGGGUGAUUAUGUCCAUGGUGUUCAAUUGAUCCAUUUUUACUUCUGACCACCCCAGAGCAGAGCACGGUGGAGGAGUUUGUUCAGGUCAGGACACGCUGCUCCGGGGCAGAUGUGGAUUUAUUUACACAAGCCUUGAAAAACGUCUUUGCAAAUCCCUGUGUUUGUGCUGCCAAGAACAAGGCUACAGCCCUGCUCAGGCUGGAGCAGGAUCGGAGCUGGGCGCAGUGUGGGCAGUGCUGGUCUGCAGCACAGCAAUGAAGUGUGUGAACUAGAGAUGAGCUGCAGCGACACGACUGCACCACCCGUGGGCUGUGGGUGAGGGAAACGCCCCAUGGGCCGGAGCAUCGGCCUCCACAGCAGCAAACCACGCUCCUUACAGGAUUUUAAGACUCCAGGUAGCUGGAAAAUGGUGCUCCCCAGCUCCCUGAUGUUCUGAGGGGGAGAACACAGACUGUUAUUUCCACAGCUGUUGCCAGGGUGAAGCUCUGAGGCCGUCUGGGCACCGAGCAGGGUGAGCUGGGGAUGCACUGGAGUCACCAGCCCGUUGCUCUCCCUGGGCACAGCUCCCAUCAGGAACCAGGGUCCAAAUGCUUUUCCUGCCCCAAAGGGCUUGUCCCUGCUGUUCCAGCUUUUCUUGCAACGGUGUCACCCACCUUGGGAAGGAAAACACUAAUCCUGUGAAUGGAGGGGAAGGAGGAGCUGCAGCACUUUCCGGGCCCUGUGCCUUGGCCCUGUGCCACAUCCUGCUCUGCUGCCCGUUGGCUGCGACGUGCCCUGUGUCCUGUGCUCCACAGCUGCCGAGCUCCCAUGGUUGUAAACUCCUGAGCUCCUGAGCUCCCAGGGUGCCUGACCCAGCACCUGCUUUUGGCACCGCUCUGACUGCAGGGCCAGGCCUCUCCUCACCCCCUGCUGUGCGUGUGACUCUGCAACUGCUUUGUCUUUGGACUUGAACAAUAAAUCUGGUUGGCCAAGA